CCAGGUUAAUUCAGUUCAAAUGUAACCUUGGCAGGUAACGGUCGUGUUGACGCGAGCGUUAUUCAUUUCAACGGAUGGUCUAGCGCCGGUUAUGAAAAUGCUCGCGCAACCGCAUCCUUCAAACGAUAGUUUUGAAGAUGAAUUUAAUAAACCAGUGGAAUCGAUAAUGCGUUGUGAGGACUUUAAGAGCAAUUUUGCGAGGAAACUAUCGAAUAGAUAUAUCUCCUGGUCACCUGCUGUCAAACCAAAGCGGGAUCCUGCGCUGAAGUUAUGCCAAACAGACAAACAAGACACCCCAAAUAUUGUUCCAGAAAGAAUUGAGCAGUGUUCUCAACUUUCGACGACGAGCAAUUUAGUCCAAAACGGAGAAGUGGUGAAGCCUCCAGACAAAACUAUUUUUAAGAAAUCUGACAUCCGACACACUGAAGUAAACGCUUUAAACAUGGAAGUCGAUACAUUGAGGUGGCAGCUCGCUCAGACUGAAUCCAACAGGCAAAUGCAUAUAGCUUUACUACAACAAAUAGUCACUUUCCUUAACAGAGUUAAGGAGCAUAUUGAAUGCCAGAAAAGUGAGCCGUCGCCUCGAAGCGAGAAGGGGUCCCCGAGAAUUGUACAAAGAUCUCUCAACAUGACUGACUUGCCACGUUCACGUUCCGUUGUACACGUGAAUAAGAAUAUCGAAUACUCCAUAAGUCCCACCAAGAAAAUUAGUACAAGAAAAAUCAGCAAAUCGAUUAGUAAUGUUAACGGAUAUAAAGAUUGCAACAACGUUUGGAGCCGUUCAAAAUUAUCUUUAGUUCCCGAAAAUGAAACCGCCAACAAGCUCAGUGAGGAGAUGACGCGGCUGAUCACUCUUGCCAACACUGUACUAAGUACUAAGAUACCUGACCUUGCAUGUGCAUUUACAGACAAUGGUACUGAAAAUUCCCUGCAAAACUGUGAAGAAAAUAAAACUAAAGAAUCUGGAAAAACUGAAACACAAGACUCUUUGAACUUUGUUGAACAAAGCGCAGUUGAUCCAACGAACUUACCUAUUGAGAGUAAUGACGUAAAGUACAAAGCCGUAACACAUUCUUUAGAAAUAGAAAAAGAUGCACUCUUAGACGUUCUUAACACUUCCCAAGCAUCAUUCAAUUCCGACUUGAGAAACGAUUCCAUUGAAUUGAAGUGUGACAAUGAUGACUCGCAGAGUAGGCUCGACGCAACAGACGUAAAAGUAUUUCCAAUGUACAAGAAAAGUGAAUUCAAUCCGGUGUCUAAUUUUAUAGAAGAUGAAAGCGGCUUUUCCUCUAUGAAUUCGUUUCAAGAAAUCGGCAUACCCAUCAUAAGCAUUAUUCCACCGUCGCCCUGUAAAGAUUUGACCUAUAUGGAGGAUAUCCCAGACAUUAUCCAUGAGACCGAAAAGUGGAAAAACGACUCUAUUGAACUAGACAAGCAAAGCGUAAAGGUGUUUUGGGUAUAAAUUUAAAAUGUACAAAGUUAUUAUACCUUAAAAAUUUUAAGUAUACACUUAGGAAUGUAGAUUAUCAGUGCGAUCUUAACUUUUAUAUAAUAUAAUUUAUAUUUUAUACUGCCGUAGUGAUAAUGAUAAAAUAUGUACUAAUUCAAUGA